ACAGCAGGUCCACAAAAAGUCGCAGCAUCGGUGUGCCGCAGUGUAAUCCAGCUCCUGAACACAGCCUGCCGCAGCCUGCGAAGAACAGUGCAGAACACCUUCACCGAGCACGAACAGUUUGAGGCGGCGAGCAGCUGGGACGCAGAGCAGCAGAAUGGCUAAUGAAGAAAAAGAUCCGAUGCCUGCAGUGGGGUCUCUUUCCCCGAACCAACUGCAGUCCCACCUCAAGAUGGAGCCCAAAACUCUGGGGGCGAUCCAGAUUGUUAUUGGGGCUUUGAUUCUCUGCCUGAGUGCCUCAGUGCUCCAGCUCCAUGAGAUCCACUUCACAGGAGAUGUGGCCCUCUUCCUGAUUGUUGUGGUACAGGUGACUCUCUCUGGUUCGGUGCUGAUCCACAGUGGAAGGAGGCCAACUCUGUUGUGGGUGAAAUGUGUCUUAGUUUUGCACCUGAUCAGUGCUGCGUUUGCAACUGCUGCCCUGGGUCUGAUGUCCAAGCACCUCCCUUACCGCCAGGACUCCUACCACUGUGAACAUUGUCGCAGAUUGGAACUUCAUGCUGUGCAACAUUGUUUCAGGAAAUGCACCGGGCUGAUCGAGCAAAAGUGUAAACUGUUAAUAGAUGGAAUCCUUGGGACGCUGGUGAUCUUUCUGGUCCUGGAGCUGUUGAUCUGCAUCACUGCCAUGUUGUUCGGACUUAGUGUUCUGGCUGCUAAUGGCCACAGGCCUUCUAGCCAAAGACCUGUCUACCCACAGACUCACCCCCCACCUCUUCCAGCUGUGCAAGCUGUUCAGCCUGCUAAACCUGAUGCCGAGACAGCUCAGGUGGCUGUGGUGGUGACUGAACCUGACUCUGAGCUGGUGGAGGACAUCUCCACCCCACCCACUGAGCCCCAGGUGGAGCCAAUGGAAGUUCUGAACUCAGAACCGUAACCUCAGCGCUUACUGAGUCAUGUCGUGUCAGUGGCGGUGCACAUUAGUUAGUUAUCAACUCUUCCUAUCAGCAAUUUGCUGAUCAGUGUAAUUAGGACUCAGUUACCUCACAUUUUAGCUUGAUGACAUCUCUGUUACAGUCACAGCAAAUCCAAUGCUUGAUUGGUUGUGAUUAUGUCCUUUCACUAUUGGUAAGAUAAGAACAUCAUUGUUAGCACAGCUGGACACAAAGCUGGAUUGUUAGGAUUUGGAUUUGUAUUGUUAGUUAUUGUAGGACAUAUUCACUUCUCUAAUACUGUGUCUACACAUUGUCAGUGUUAAUUAGAAUAAAAUCUGAUCAGGUUUAUAACCUAAUAUUACUUGCCUAAAAUGUAUCUGACUGUUUUGUUUGUUUUAAUAGGAUGUAUAUGUUAUAUAUUUGACAUUAUUUCUAAUUGAAAUAAUUAACUCUUAUUGUUGCAUAUUGUUAUCCUUUUAACCAUUGGCUCCAAUAUUUACAGUACAUUUCUCUUAAUGGUAUGUGAGAGUAAGUUUAUUUCACAGGCUAAAAUGAACUAAAACAACAUUGAAAGUCAAAGUCAUCUGGGUGACUGAGAAUCUUCAGCUGCAUCAUAGUCUCUUUUUCGAUGUACCUUCCUAUGUACAGUAAGUAUCAGUCAUCCUGUCCAACGAUAUUUGAAAUGCUAAAACCCUAGGACACAUCAUACAAGACCUAAUCCUUCAGCACAAGAAUAUGACCACAAACACAAGCAUUAAAUAGAGCAUACAAUUUAAGGUGUUGUCAUGUCCUCAUUUAGACAUGGCUUUGAGUUGGGAGGAUGUAGUUUGAGGUGAAAGGACAUGGUUUCAGUCAGAGCAGGAUGUAGAUAUAGACUGAACUGAAGUAAAAUAAACUAAUAAAUAUUAGUUUGUAGUUGUUAACCACUCCUCCAGCAUAGAGGAGCAGUGACACUUCAGUGACAACUAACUGUCAUUUUUAGUCACUGUCUAAAGUUUAUAGGACAAUAGGAAAGAGAAUUUAGCAUCCAGAUUAUUGCUGCAAGUUGCAUAAGUCCACCUGGUGUCCUUCAUCCUUACACUUAACUUUGUACUAAAUGUAUGUACACUCAGUUGUUGUUUCUUUGGUCAAUAUUUACUACUAUUACUGACUUUGUAACCUAGGCAUAAAAAUGCAGCUUAUUUUGUUUGGUAUUGUUAUUACACAAUAUUAUCUCAGAAAAAUGCUCAGAAGCUACAGGAAACUGUGGUAAAAUUAUUUACAUAUCUAGUAAACAAAAUCCCUACUGACUGUGAAAGAUCCUUUAUGGAGGUGAAUAUGUAUUAAAGCCAAGUUUGACACAAAAAAUAGUACUACAAGAUGGAAAUAUCAGAAACAUAAAGACAGAUUCUUUAACCUAAAUCCUAUAGACACAUAGUUCCUUUGCUGGAUUGUGUAAUCUGGCUUUCAUGUUUAUUGCUUUCUGGCCCAGGACCUUACCCAGUUUUUUCAUACUGAGGUGCACGAUACUCUCCAUUCAUAGAAUUUAGGGCGUCUGGGUCCUGCUUAUGGAGGAAUGGGUAUUGUUAAAUCAAGUAAACCAAGUGAUGCCAGUGGGAGUUAUUAAAGUGUCUCUCCUUAACAACUACUGUACAAUCACCAUGGUACAAGCAGCAUGAAGCUAUUUAGGUUUAUAUCUAAGCUAAUAAUUACUUACCCCUGCAUUGCUCUGUGUUCCUUAUCUUCCGCUUUUCUCUGGCUAUCUUACUGAUCUUCCUGUUAUCUGGUUUGCUGCUUGUUUACACAAUAUGUGCUAAUGCUGCUUGCAUCGGAAGUGAGUGAUCCCACAGCCAACUCUCCAAAUUGCCUGCUGUAAACUGAAGUGCAGUUCAGUCUCUGUCGGGCCCAUAUUGUUCUAGCUCUAAGCCUUGCCUUGCUCGCUGGCAAGGAGUGUCUAGAUCUGUUUUAAUACUUUUACACUUGUAUAUUAUAUCUGUUAAAUAGCUUCAUAAAAAAAAGUUAAUAAAUAUGGACAGACACAGAAAACGACAAAUGACAAUAUAGGCAAUAUAGAAAAUUUGUAUUUAAAUUUCAGUUACAACAUAAAAAUCAUAUCAUUAGAAAUAUGUAAUAAAUACGGCAACAAUUUGGGCAAGUAUAUUCAGUUGGUAUACAUUCAGUCCAUUCAUAAUUUUUUCUUUAUUAAAGCUUAUAAUGAAUAAUUGUUAUACACUAAAUAUUCAAUUUCCUAAUUAUGGUUUAUAGGACUUGUGUUUGUGUUCGGCUCGCUUGGCCCUAUGCUUGAAUGUUUUAGAUGCAGAUAAACAAUGAAAAAAUAUACAAACCCUUUUCUAUGCAGCAGAAUUAGAACAUUGUGCUACAGCCAAGUCUACACCUGAAAUACAUCCAACUGAGUAUUUCUUAUCCUAAAAGCAAAAACAAUCGAAAACGUAGUAAUAUAUUUCAUUAGAUGAUGCUUUGUUCACAAACAAAGCAGAAUAGCAGGAUAGACAUUGGUUGUGCACAGUAGAACCUGGUUCUGUCUGUCUGGUUAUACAGUAAAAACAUGUGGUGCAUAAACACCUGCAAAAAUAUUUAUCCAAUUUAUUCUGUCUUCCAGUUCACUGCUGAGAGCAGUAGAUGUCAGCAGAGAACAAAGUGUGAGAGUACAAACCCUUUUGAUGACCUCUGAGUGUAUUGCAGGCUCUAAAAAUUACUGUUAUGGCAAGGCUUUUGUUAACUGAACAAAGGGUCCACUUUGGAAAAUACAACUUGAAAAGUGACCAAGGUUACUUACAAUACAAUGACAAACUAAUUACCUCCCUAAUGUUUACCUUCUCCUUUCUUUUGAUUUACACGUGAUGAAUGUAUAGAUAACAUGCAACUGGGGUUUCACAAGUCUCGUGGAAGACAAUGUUUCCACCAUUCGCAACAUGUGGUGCAUUGGAGGCACUCCCACUUUAUGGUCUUUAUCUGGAUAACACUGAGGUGAAUGAAUAAUGAUAGCUGUUUCACUUAAUACUUGAUAAAUUGUCUUCAAAUAAAGCAUUUGUUUAACGCCUUCUUUUUA